CCAUCUGCUGCUGCUUUGCAUUGUUUCUUCUUUGUUGUUUUAUUAUCAGUAAGGCUGCAAGAGACAAAGCCUCAAUUCUUUCUUUGUCUCAAGACGGCUUUCAGUCCCGGAAGCUGUGCUCUCCCUCUAAGGCAGUGCAAAUUACACUGUCAAUUUAUGUCCUAAUUUUUCUUGAAUUUACCUCUUCAUCUAUUUCUCAGCUUCCUGUCACAUACUUAAUUGGUCUGGCUGAUUUUUACAGACACUUCUAACAGGCCAUUUCUUUUUCUUUUCUUUCUUUUUUUUUUUUAAACAGUCUAGUGAAAGUUUGCAGUGUGGUGUAGUGAAGUGUAUUUUUUAUGGGCGGAAAAGAACAGAGUGGUUUAAAGAUUUCUCAAGAGAAAGUGGCGAGCUUAAUGGAGUUUUGGAUAUGAGCUGGCCCUGCUUUUAGCCUGUGGCGGUUGGCUAAAUGAGCCUUCUAGGAAGGGUGUUUGUGUAUUUUCUUUCUUUAGCUUUGCAAAGAUUAAGAUGCUCUUGGAACCAAAGUCCCAGCUUAUGUAGUUAUCCUCUUCCUACAAGUGGGGCUGUUUGAUAACCUUGGACCACUCCCGCUCCCGUCCCCCUCCAGCCCCUCCAGGGCCCAGAACCAAUCGCAAUCUGAGGCAGAGGAAUUGAAGUAACUCUGGGACUCAGUGUUACCCUUGGGGUAGAUCUGAUCCUGAUCUGGUGCCUCGAUUCUAAAAUUGGGCAUCUCUCUUUUUCCCAAGAUUUGGUCCCCACCUCAACAGGGGAAAAGGGCCUCUGUCUUGGCGUCCCUGGCCUGCAUCUCUGUGCCCAAAGUAUUGUCCAGCACUGAGGUUCUCCAUGACUCAGGGCCUGCCUGCAAUGGCCGACCCUCCUCUCAGAUCCAAAGUCCUCUUCUUCCAUCAUGGCCUGGAAGUACAAGGGCCUUGCUGCUUGCAGACUGACCUUCCCUCAUGAGUUAUGCCUUCCUCCCCAAUUGCUCAAGAAGUCCCUGUUGCUAGGGUCUGUUGUUGGUCCCCCCAUAUCCCUCAAUUCCCUUGUGGAGCAACUGUUACCAUCGUUUUUAUGAUCUCUUGUCUGUGCUCAUACCUGCUGGAUCCCAUGCUCUGCCUGUGAUAAGGGACUUUCCCCAGCAUCUGUAGCUGUCCUUGCACACUUGCCACCCCCAGUGAAGGAGGAGUGCAGGGCGGGGUCCCAGGUUGCCCAUCUCAUUGCAAUUUACAGGCCCUGUCGGUCUUGAGAUGGGAGAAGUGGUUUUAAGGUCUUCAUGGUCGAAAAGUUUAAGGACUUGAUUGCUUUCAAGUCUAUUUCUACUUUUUCAGAUCCUUUCCUGAUAUAAGCUUUUCCUAAGAUUAUAUCUGAAUCCUGGCUUCGAGGUCAGGGCUGUGUGGACAAGACUCUGUCCUUUUCAAAAAAGGCCAUUUGUAAUGGAACACAUCAUGAGAAUUCCUCAGGCUUAGCUCCCUUGCCUGCCUCUUUGUCCUCUGAGCUCUGUGUUAACCCUGGUUCCAGUGCUCUGCCCAUCCAGAGCUGACACAUAACUGUGACACCUAAUCCAGCUCCACGUUGGCUUCAUGGUCUGUGCAUGCUGCCUGUACUAUUUCUAGCAUUUCAACUCUGUACUACCUGAUUUGGGGUUUGAUCCUUCUGUCUCGGCCCCGCCAACCAACAGAAUCUCUAAUUCUCUCUAAUGUUAAGACAAAAUCUCCAAGCUUCUGUUUUUGCUGUAUUCCCUUUCCCAAGUCAGGCCUACAGACUUCCAGCCUCUAUGUGAUGAUUUCUCUGAACUGUAUCUCCAAGCCCAGCUAAUGGCCUCACCAUUCUCCCUGCAACCCAAGCUAGAAACUUCAGACUUGCUGGUGAGACUGAUCAGAAGGGGAGGGAGAGCCAUCAUCUGUGCAAUCAGAGCUAAGGCCCUGGAGUCAUCUCAGAAAUAGGAUGUGACAUAUCAGCUUCGCAUAGGAGAAAUUUCAUCCGCAUGGAGAGAAAACCUGUGUCCUUAGCUCCGUCCAUCUCCAUAUCAGAAAUGGAACCCAACGGCAACUUCAGCAAUCACAAUAGCAACAGGAACUGUACGAUUGAAACCUUCAAGAGAGAAUUUUACCCCAUCGUGUACCUGGCAAUAUUUAUCUGGGGAGCCUUGGGGAAUGGCUUUUCUAUAUAUGUUUUCCUGCAACCUCAUAAAAAGUCCACAUCUGUGAACGUUUUCAUGCUAAAUCUGGCCAUUUCCGAUCUCUUGUUCACAGCCACACUGCCCUUCAGGGUUGACUAUUAUCUCAGAGGCUCCAAUUGGAUAUUCGGGGACCUAACCUGCAGAAUUAUGUCUUUUUCUAUGUAUGUCAACAUGUACAGCAGCAUUUAUUUCCUGACUGUGUUGAGUGUUGUGCGUUUCCUGGCAACGGUUCACCCGCUGCGGCUCCUUCAUGCCACUAGCGUCAGGAAUGCCUGGAUUUUAUGUGGGGCCAUAUGGAUCUUUAUCACGGCCUCCUCAACACUGCUGCUGAAAAAUGGCUCUGAGCUGAAGGGCAAUGUCACCUCGUGCUUGGAGCUGAAUCCCAAUAAAGCCACUAAGCUGAAGACCAUGAACCACAUUGCCUUGGUGGUGGGCUUUCUGCUGCCAUUCUGCACGCUCAGCAUCUGUUACCUGCUGAUCAUUCGAGCUUUGUUAAAGGUGGAGGUCCCAGAAUUAGGGCUGCGUCCUUCUCACAGGAAAGCGCUAACCACCAUCAUCAUUGCCUUGAUCAUCUUCCUCCUGUGCUUCCUGCCCUAUCAUAUAGUGAGAACCAUCCACUUAGUCGAGUGGGAAGUGGAUAAAUGCAAAGAGAGUCUGCAUAAAGCUGUGGCCGUCACACUGGCUUUGGCAGCGGCCAACAGCUGCUUCAACCCUUUGCUCUAUUACUUUGCUGGCGAGAAUUUUAAGGACAGACUAAAGUCUACACUCAGGAAAUGUCAUUCACAGCAAACAAAGUGCAGCUUUCCUGUGUGUGUGUGUGGUUAAAAAAGGAAACAAGAGUGUGAGGGGUUAUUAGGUGAGGCUGUCCCUAUGUCCUUGUGUCCACCUUCAUUCACACGUAGUCUGCAAAUGACUGUGUAUUUAUACCAUUUCCAACAAAGGUCGAUUCCCAAGAUUGAACUGACCAUGACUUUUGUUAAUAAGACCUACUUCAAAAUUUUCAUUCAGUGUAUCUUCAGUGUUUGAGUCUAAAUAGAGAGUAUAGCAGGAAAAAUCCCUAUCAGAGUCUUGCAACUUGAAAUGUCAGACUGGGAAAAAAUGCUGAGCACGGUGACUGCUGCUUCUCAUCGGAUCCUGUACCAGAUCUCUGGCCCACUAGGCAUUCUAAAUUCUUAAUUUUAAGGCCACCCCAACAUUCCUAGCUUCUCCUCUUCCCUCUUCAAUCCCCUGAGACAUAGCCAGUUAACAAAGCUACUGGAGGCCCCAGAGCAGAUAAGAAAAGCAUCCUUAGAACUCAGGAGAAAGACUUAAGACUGUGAAGAGGAAGGCUGUCCUCUAACAAAGCAGAGUCAAGGUCCCCCAACAAACACAGAGGGACAGAAACAGGGAGAAGAGAGAAAGGGGAAAAAAGAAUUUCAUUUUGCGCUAGGAGAGGGUCUCUAGCACACUGAAGGCAAAGGGCAUGCCUCUCUCUUGUCAGGGGGUGAGGAAAACAGGAAGAGUAGGAGGAAGACCUGGGGCAUUGCCCUAGCAGGUGGAGGGAUUAUGUGUGGAAUAGGAGAGAAGGGGAUCCAUUUGACUCCUGAGAUUUGGGCCCCGGGCUGUUCACUGCAGUUCCCAUCCUGCAGGUUAAUCCACUUGGAUGGGAGCCAGAGCAGAGGAGGUGGUGCUAAGGGUUUGGCUGGGCACUCAGAGAGAGGGUGGGGUAGAAGGCAAGUUGCAAAGAUUGUGGUACCCCUGAAAUUCUAUUAACAUUUUGGCAGAACAUGAGUAGGGUGGCUUUCUUUUGAGAGAGUGUAGCAAAACACUGGAUUGUAGGAGGGAGAUCCUUUCUGUCCAGUGAAACAAGGCUAAGGAGACUACCUACUGCUACCACCAUGACCAUUGUACUGCCAACAAUUGAGUACCCUCUCUGUGCUGGGCAGACUGCACAAGGCACUUCCCAUCCGUUAAUUCCAUUUAACCCUCACACCAAAGCCCUUCAUCUUCAUUUUACAGAUGAAAUCAAGGAACUUGUUCAAGUUCACACAACUUCGUAAGAGUUUUAAAAACCUCUGUGCAGAGAGGUUGGCUGGGUGCUUUCCCUCCCAUUCCCCUUGCAAACCUCCAUAAGGAUUAGUUGAAAGUCUGAGUAAGAGUUCUCCGCCCCCAUCAGGUACCUACCGCUUCUCACUCUCAUGAGAAGACUGAAGGCUGAAGUUUUCUCUUUGGAGUUGUUGACCCCAAGAUAGAGUGGAGGGUGGGAGGGGAUGGUGGUCUGAAGCUAGCAAAGGACUGAAGGAAAGUCUUUUAGAGAACAAGAGCCCCGGAGCCAUUCCCUCACUCAGCUGCAAGAAUGCCGACAGACUCAUACCUUGUCAAGACAGAAGCCUGGAGGCUCCUCCUAUGGGGAAACUGCCCGACUCAAGGAAAAAGACCAACAGACACAGACUUUGGGGGAUUCUCCCAACACAAAAGCUGCUGCCGGCCCUAUUACUUACCGGACAGGAAGCCCACACUGCAACUAAUGCCUUCUACUCAUCGAGAGCAUCUAAUCAACCUGUUAGAGCCUCACUCUUAUUAUGAGCAGUCAAUGACGACCACACAUCAGAGGAAAGGGCCUGAACAUGAGAAACCAACGAUAAAUGAGAGGGCAGAUAGAGACGUUUUCAGUAUGAAAGUUUUCAACAUUUUUAUCACCCUCACACUUUUUAUUAGAAACCUACUGGAGAAUUUGCUUCUCUAAAAUAAGAGAUUAACCAGGAUAAAGGAAAACCUGACAUCUAGCAAACAAGGAGUAAGAUGAAGAAAACUCCCAGCACGUUUGUGCAUAGCAGAAAAACAAGAAACUAACUGAUCUGCAUACGUUGGAGGGAUUUAUAUUUUUCUUGGAUAGCGUGGGAUGAACUAGUAAAAAUACAUAGGAAAAUAAACAAGUGAAAAGACAAUGCAAUUAUUAAAUGCUAAGGAAAAAGGAAUUGUUGUUUAAGAAAGGAAAUAUAACCAUAGUACACUACAUGGCUCAGCUGUGAACAAUAUUUACAUAGAGAGUGUAAAUAACAAAAUACGGUGAUAUAACUUUUUUCAGGAAAUGAGGGGGAGAGGAUGUGUAUGGAGAGGAUGUGUAUGGGUAUAAUAAAUCUAUGUUCCUAUAUUUUAUCACAGAAAAUUUGUAAUAACUAAAGCUAAAGAAUGACAAAUAUCUGUAUAAAAAUGUUAUUUAACAAUAGAGGAUAAAGCCCAGAAGAAACAGUGAAAAACAUUGACAGGGAUUGCCUUUGGAGAGAAGUUGGGUGUGGGAGGAUAAGGUGGGGAUUUCUUUUUUCCUCUUAAUAAGUAUUUAACUGUCUAACUUGUGAAUAUGUAUUGCUGAAAUAAAAUAAAAAUUAAGUUGAAAAUUCAAA